UGGUAGGAUUAGGAAUUGUUUUCAAAGUGGCUACGAUUAUGCGUAUACUGAUAACGAAAAAUUAUAAAAGGAAAAAAAGAAUGAACUUACUCAUAAAUUAAUGAUAAUACAAAUAUGAAACAAUCUAAAAACCUCCAUAUUCCUACUCUUCUCUCAUGUAAGUAAAAGCUAAUCAAUCCCCAGCGAUCAUCAUCACUCUCAGGUUUUAAGAUUAGUUCUAAACUGGGGAUUGACAAUGGGUUUCAAAUUGAAAAAUAUGGCAUGGGUUGGUGAUAUUUGCCAGAAAUUUGAAACAAUUUACCAAGAAGUUGAUGACAUUGUCAGCCAGGUUCCAGUUAAAUUUGUCGAAAAUCAGGUGCAUACAGUGGGUAGAGGCAUGAAAAAACUUUGUUCCGAGGUUGUACAUGUAGUGGACCCUGUCAGAUGUGAAGCUCAAGCAGUGGCUCUAAAAGGAAAUGCUGCUGUUGGUGACUAUAUUAAGUUGAUGAUUGGUAUUAAGGAUGAUCAUGGACAUACAGCUUCUGAAAAGCAGCCCCUUAUGGAGCCUAAUGAUGAUUUUUCUGUAAAUAAUAGUGAAUCCAGUAAAGAAUAUAGUGAACGUGACCUUUUAAGUUCACCGGCUACUCCAACUUCUGAGGAACCCCAUGAGGGGGAAAUUUCUGAUUUAGCUCUACGAAAGAAUGACGAUGUUUCAAUAAAUGGAGAAUCUGAUUUGAACAUGGAAGAAUUAGUAAUAAAGGAUAAAUUUAAUGCACCUGAAGCGUUGGAAUCACUAUGUCCUCAAGAGAACAAACUGGUGGAUGAGACAUUGGUUAGUGAAUUCAUUGGUUCUUUGGAUGAGGUUUCACAAUUUACUUCAGUUGAUGGAGAGGAGUUAUGUUCCCCUCAAAAAGUGAGAUCAGUGUGCCACAGCCCUGCAAAUGACUCUGAAAGUAUGUCCGAGUCCUUGAGGGCUGAAUUAUUUGAUUCUAAGAAUGAAAAUGCACGUGUUUCUGUGGGUAAGACUUCACCUUCGACUUCAUUUAAUGGAGAGGAGCUAGAGUUUCCUGAAAAGGUGAUAACUCUUUUUCACAGCAAUGCAUGCGUUUCCGACGCCAUGUCUAAUGUGUCGAGUGCUGUUGCUCUGUCUGAGUUGGGUUUAUCAGCUGCCUCCUCUUGUGGUUCCAUAUUCACAGAACCUCGUACUCUGCAUGAAAAUUCAUUUAAUCACAUCCUAAAAGAAGUAGUAUCUGAUGGUGACCCUGUUAUUAUCAAUGCGCUUGACUCUGAUAAUUCAAAUUGGCUCGUGCCUUCUACAUCUUAUCCAAUUAACUACAGUUACAAAGAGGUAGCAGAGACAUCACUCUCUUAUAGUGUCUUGUCUUUGGAAUCAACAGGAUGCUCCAAUGAGACUAGUUUUGUUUGUGAUGGUUUUGAAUGCUCUGGUAUGGAAACUGUUGAUUUGUCUGACGAGGUGAAGCUUGAGAAGAGUUGUGCCAUGGUGGCCGACAGUACACUUUAUGAAGCUUCUCGAAGAAUUCACAAUUUCCGGUCAUUAAAGAAAAAACUCCAGGGUGUAUUUAACUCGAAAAAGAGAUUAAGCAAGGAGUAUGAGCAACUAGCAAUUUGGUUUGGGGACUCUGAUACAGAUUCUCGCAAAGAUACUGCAGAGAGUCGGUUUCCAUCUAGCAGAACUAUAUGCAUCGACACCGAAUCCGAAAUCCAGGACUCUGAAUGGGAGCUACUGUAAAUAACAUGACAUUGCAAUUUUGGUAACGGCAGGCAGCCUCUUGUUCAGGUAAUGCAAAUACAUACCGUGUGCAUAGUUAUAUCUGAGGACUCCCGCUUCUACAUAAAUAAUAAUAAUAAUCAUAAUAAUAAUAAUAAUAAUGUAGAGAACAGUUCAUCAUAAUUCUGAUUUGAUAACCUGCUAUGAUGCUACGGCUUUUUCUUGAUUUUCUGAACUUUUGUACAUUUAUAGUCGCAAAUCUUCAUUCUUUUGAAGUUUUUUAUCUUUUGUAUUUGAGCUUCUACAAGUAGGGGUGUGUAUUCGGUUUGAACAGAACCAUAAAUAAAACCGAACUGGCUUUAUUAGGAUUCGAAUUAUUUCAAA